CAAACCGAUGCUAAGGGUUCGUUAUUUUCGCGUCUAGACAGAAAAUCGUUUUAGUUCUUUCUUGGCGCAUUGAACUGCCCAUUGCUGCUCACUAGGUUAAUUGUGAAUUGAGAGUUAAAAAGAGAUCUAUUUUUUGACCAAACAAAAUGGAGACUUCAAGUUCGGUGACUUCCACUAAUUCCAUUGGAGGCAUGGUUGUAAAACGGGUGAGCGUUCCGAUAGGUUUGGAGGAAGUAAUGGAGGGUUUGGCCAAGGAGGUGUUGCUGAAGAAGCCGAAGGAUUUAUACCGUUUUGCUUACGAAUAUUUUUCAAGUUUACUGCGACUGAGACGGGAGAACAAAUUUGAAGCAAAACCGGUGCAGACUGUACAAUCAGCCGUCCGGCUGGAAAACUCACACAAACCAACUGCCAUUACCCGUAGGCAAACACGACUGUUUUCUCGUCAACUCAGCGUAAGAGAAAUGAGGUUGCCUGGAGAUUGGAAAUCGACCGACAAAGAGACGACUAAAAGGCAACAGGCGAACAGUUCAAGUCCAAGACGAUCUGAAACUGGAAUUGAUGCUAUAAAUAGGCGUAUAGCCACUCGCGAAAAGCGUCAAUCAAAAGCCAAAUCCGAAUCUUCUCUUCAUAGGAACAAAAAGGAAAAGCGACAAACGGAUGUGGGCUCAAAUAUUCCAUAUAAAGAGUCGCAAUCCAGUGGUACACGGACACUGAGCAAGGAGCGUGCUCAAAAAAGCUUAAACGUACUGCAGAAAAACGAAAUCAAUCAUAGAAGCUUGCACAAAAAGGGCGUAAAUGGUUCGGUUCCCGGACCAAAAAAAGUAGAACUUGGAAAAGUAAUCCAAAAUCGAGUUUACGUGCCCAAGAACGAGAAUAAUGGUAUGCUUGGAAAUAAAAUUGAGAAAAACAUCGAAGUAGACUCCACGAGGGCAGUUAAACCGACCGCCCCAGACUUAGUUGGGACGUUAGUUAGUAAGCAGACUUUGCAAGAUGAUAUAAAUCAUCCAAUCGAAGACGAUAUUGAUCCUGGGCAACCAAAUAUAAUUAAUGAAAAUGCGAUAUUAAAAAUCGAACCGAAAUCAGAAACGGUAAACAAAGUCAAAAGUCCAGAUGAAGAUAACAAGGAUCUUGUAUCGGGCGACGAAGUAAUUACCAAUGAAGAGAUUCAGAACGCUCAAGACGGAUACGUCACCAAUGAAGAACCAAAUUUUGCUCCCUCUGAUUCUCAACAGUUCGACGAGAAACCUCCCAUUGCCGACACCUGUGGAGAGCACUUAAGCGGCGCGGGUACAGAUACGACGACCAAUCACGAAAAAAGCAAUAAACAUGAAGUUAUAAUUUCUUUGAAUAAUAAGCAAACAGAAGAAGAAACAAAACAAGGAAUCAGCGAGUCUAUUAAUGCCCCUGCAAUAGAAGUUGACAUUCCUUUAGCAAAUAAGCAUGUAGAAAAUGAGGAAACAGAUAACAGAGCGAAUAUAAAAGAACCUAAAUCGUCCUGCGAAGAAAACAAUUCAGAUGGGAACGACGAAAUCAAAGAACGUGAAUUUGCUACGCUCAAUACUAAUGGCGCAACUGGCACGGCAAAAGAACAGAAAUUAACAACUGGGCAUAUUUCAAACGCCGAACAAAUCCAUCUCGAGAUACGUAACAAUAAUGAAAACGUUGAAUUUAAUGAUAGCGGAGAAACCAAUCAAAGACGAAGUGAAACCAUACCACCUUCCAGUCGCCAAGACGUGAUUACCAAUAAGCAGGAUGCAAUAAACUUAUCGUCGAAUGACAAUGUCGCAAUAAUAGAAAACGGUAAGAAUGCUCACGAAGAAGAUGCUGAACAACCAACAACAAGAACUAACAGGACACCCGAAGGUUCAAAACAGAGUUUGUCGAAAAUUUUAGUUGGAAAAGGUAUUUUGGUAAACAAUGACCCUGAUAGCUCCAAAGCGGAUGAAAUCUUGUCAGUUAAACCAUUGGAAGAUUCUGCGGAAAUUAAGUUGCUUAAGGACACAAAAAAAUAUGAAAUUGCAGGUGCAGACCGCAAUUCUAUUUUGAAAGAUGGUGAAUGGGACACGAAAUUCCAUGCCGGGGAUAUUAUUCGCAACAGUGAAUUGGCUCAGCUAUCCUUAGAAAAUUCUAUUUCCAAUGUUGAUUCCUCAGGUACCCCAAACGAAAGUUCGGCAAGGCAAUUGCCACAUGGAAAAUGCUCCACCAGCGAUGCAACAGAUGCUUCUGAGAAAAUGUAUUCUCCAGUAGAGCUAACGGGAUCUGUAGAUAUGCAUAUUAUCAGAGAAAACUCUGAUAACAACAACAAUGCCAGUGACUUAAAGAUACGAGAGGAAACGAAUUUUGAUGAAACAGAAUUUGCCCAUAAUAUCGAUAAUAACAAGACGGGGUCAAAAUCAUCGUCUAUUGUUGUGUCACCUCAUUUAGAAAAAAACCUGUUGAUUAAGGAUAAUUUCAUUAACGAUCACGUCAAGGAAGUUGAACCUCGCGAUUUAAAAAAGUCUGUGUUAAAUAGUAAAGAAGAUCCAGAAAUAAAAGUCGAUAAACCGGACGAUAUUAUUCAACAAGAGCAUUCUGUGAAAAUACCUCAACAGGAUAUUAAAGUGGAUACUAGAGUGCUAGUCACAUCUGAACAUUUCGAUACAAAUAAUCACGAAUCUAUUGUUCAAGGCGAUCAAAACGAUGAAAAUACAAUCGAGUCUAAUAUUUUGCAACAUACCCAAGCAGGCACCGGUGUAAGUGCAAGCGAAACAAUGCCUAAAAAUAAUGAGAAAACUGAAAACGAAGGAAAAGAAAAUAUCACAUCAGGGACAGAGCAAAGGAAAAAUCAUAACGCUGAUAUUGUUAACCUUGAUGACAAAGGCAAACAUACAAUAAGUUCCUUUAUCUUGAGCGAACAAAGAAACGUUUUUAAGGGCACGAAUGAUCAAGGUAUAAAAACGAUUCAAAAGGCUAGUAAAGAUGAUGGAUUGAAACCUGGCAUUCAUACCAUUGUUGUUGCUUUGCAAGAAGAUCUCUUGAUAGCAAAACGGAUUUUGUCAGGAAUUGAUUUAUCCAAUAGUCAUGACCUCGUAGUAAAAAGUUACAAUGACCUUGUUGAACAACACAUGUCCGUUGACAAUGCUAUAGUAAAAGAAAAAGAGAUCACUAAAGAAUAUGAACGGCGGCGCAAUGGGCACCAACUUACGUUCGAAGAUGCAGUUUCGAUCAUUCAAAAAAGCUGGAAAGGCUUCCUUAUGAGGAAGCAAGUGCAGAAUUCAGCUUUAGUUAUUGCAAAAAACGCUUCGGUCAUAAAAAUUCAAGCUUUGUGGAGAGGCCACAGAGCUAGGAAUUAUGCUAAAAAGCUUAAGCAAGACUAUAGAGAAGGUAAGAUCGCAUUCAAAGGGGUCAUCUUGCUUCAGGCUCAAGUUAGAGGUUUUUUAGAAAGAAGGCGCUUUGAAAAGCUCAAAAAGAAUGGUCAGCAUAAUUCAGCAACUUUAUCCAAUACAGAAGAAAAGGCAAAAACAUGUUUGGAUAGCAAGAAAACACAUUCCGUCACAAGUGAAAACAAUUACGGAAGUUUGGAAAAAUCCCAAGCUAGUCGUGACUCCAACGGGCUAAUUGAAGUAGAAAUCAAAGAUUUAGAUUCGACUCUUAAUAAGGACAAGGAGUCGUCCGAGAAACUUCCUGAUGUGUCCGAUUCACUGGUGAAGCAAGUUGUUGCUGAAAAUGUUAAAGUUAAAACACAAGAAGUAAAACGUCACGAAUCUGAUGCUGACAUUUUUCAAAAAAAUGAUACAGUAGCACACGAUAGAGAUUUGCACAACUAUGACGUUAAUUUUACUGGUACUAAUAUGAAAGAAAAUAAUGUAACAUCUGAAAAUGAUUUUAAAAAGACGCUGAAAACAAAAGAGGAAGAUUUGGAGGCAACUAAAAAUUCUCGAAUUGAAGACAGAAUUGAAAAUAUUUCCGAACACGCACAGCUUUACGAAUCCUCUGAUUUAAAUGAAGCAAAUCUAGACGAAAUAGAGAAACGCGUCAACGAAGCUAACUCUUCUUUCGACACAGGAAACCUAAUUCUGCAUACAGAGAAAAAACAAGUACUUCAAAAUGAAAGUGCCGCUCGAGAAGUACAAAAUAGUACUCAAACUCCAGCCGAAUCUGAAGAUCCGCAUCAAAAUAUUAAAUUAAUUACAGGUAAAAAUAGUGACACUGUAAUAACUGAUAUUGCACCAAAAGAAGAAAUCUUAACGCACAGCGAGAGUAGUACUGAAAACGGCCUAGAUAAAAUUUGUCAGCAUUCGAAUAACAUAGGUUUAGAAUGUUCGGAAGUUGACUUAUCCCAAACUCAUAAUAUAAAAGAGAAUAAUAAUGCAGAAACAAUUGGCGAUGAAGCAAUGGAAGGAAUUUUAGUAACAGACAAAACUCGCUCUCAGGAUAAUAAUAUAGAUAGCAACACGGAACAUACAUUAUAUAAACAAGAUUCAAGCGUGGACCAUGAUAAUGAGAAAUCUAAUAAGAUUGUUUUAGAGGAUAAGGGACUAACAAAAUUGUCUCAUAAUGCGUCCAAAACAAAAGAAGCUGAAGAUGUUAUCGUUGAAAACAAGAUCAAAAGCUUGUACCGACAGGUAUCUAAAACUAAUAUUGAUAAUAAUAAAAAUAAUAAUUCCAACGUUUUUUCAAAUCCAGAAGGAUUAAGUGAAGUUUUAGAUGGUAAACUUAAUAUAGAAAACGAAACUAAGGAACGUAAAGUUCCUUCUGUAGAUAAAUCGAUUAACAAGAUAAAAAAUUUAAACCAACAAGAAUCAAAUAUUCUUUCAAUCCACGAAAGGUUAAAUGAAUUUUCCCAAGAAACAUCCGAAGUAAAAAACGAAACUGCCGAAGAAGCUUUUCAAAAAAUCAGUGAGACAAAAGAUAACCAAGAAUCAAAAAAUAAAAAAGUUCUCUCAAAGACUGAAGAAUUAAGUCAAAUUAAUCAGGAUACGCCUGAUAUAAAGAAGGAACUUGCAAAAAACGAAUACAAAGCUCUUUAUGCUACAGUUAAAUCAAAUUCAAGCGAACAAGAAAAUGUGGUACAAGCUAAAGACGCUUUGGCAGAUAAUGGCGUGGACAUUGGCAAGACCUAUGCUUAUGAAAAGUCAGGAUUAAAUAUUGAUAAGAUAAAUCCUCCAGAAGAACAGAAAUCAAAUAUCAAGGCAAUUAUUAGGAACGAAUGUGCAACUAAUUCGAACAUUGAAGGGUUAAUUCAAAGAACAGUUGAGACAGAUGAAAAAGUGAUUACUAUCGAUAAUAAUAAGACAAAUAAUAUACCUACUAUCAACGAUGAUGAGAAGAUAAACCAUGAACCAACUAACAGUUGCGGUGCUGCACCAGAAAGAAGAAGGAAAAGUGUUGACAACAUUUUAGAUAUCGUUAAUGAUGAUAAUGUUAUCAAUAAAGAUCAAAAAGUUGAGGAGGGUCAAGACAGUUCUGAAGAAAUCAAUGCUGCUUCGAAGUGUGAAUAUGAAAGUAAUCUCGACGAAAAGCAAGGAUCAAGUGGCAAUAUUAGUGGUGUUGAGGAUGUGAUGAGCACGUCAUUGAAAUUUUUGAAACAGAGUGACGCUUUAGAUGAACACGUGGGUCUAAUCGAUCAGGUGCAAAACCAGAUUUUGGACCAGAUAUCUGGAAAAAUUUCGCAAACGGGCGAUAAGUUCGACAUUGAGGAAUUGAGGAAAGAAUUGCAGGAAGCAGCAUCGUUGUAUAAGUCAGAUCAGCUAAGCCACUUAGAUAACGAUGACCAAUACAAAUUGGUGCAAUAUAUAACUAGUUUUAAUAAGGAGUUGGAUUCCAAAUACGACAAUGUAUCGAAGCGAAGCCCAUUAAGAAAUUUGCCUGAUAUAGAAGAGGAAGAAGUCGAGCCUAAAAAAGGUUCGGCUCUGGAAAAUCACGGCACCAAUGCCGUUUUCAAGUCAAAUAGUCUUGAUUGCGACAAGGUGCAGCUACCUGCGAAAGUAAUUCGUAAAAGUAAGACUGUUCACAAUUUGUUUCCAAAUCAAGUUGUUGAUUAUUCAGUUAAAGUACAAUCAAACUACGAGUUGGACGGGAAUGACAAGUCGACUGGAGUUUCCGUAUCUAGUGAGACUCAGUCGCGUUCGCAGAAGUUCGAAGAUGGAAGCGUUUCCAUCCAACGAGCGAGUCGGGAAGAAUACAUCGGAGAAGGGUUGUCGGUGGAAAGCGGUAAUCAAACAGCAAUCGCAGAGAGCCCAGCAGAUGAUGCGGCCGUGACGUCUCCUCGGAACGGGCGCGAAUCUGCGACGACGCAGGCGUCAAAUGAAGCGAGGCCCGCGACGCCGAUCGAGAACGGUCUGCUUCAGUCGUACCCACCAAACAUGGGAGAUAAGCAGGAUCACGGUGGCGAAGGAGGUAACACUGUCCGUAAUGGCGAAAUCGGGGGCGAUAACGACGUGGAGGUGGAGGCAGCAACCAAGAUCCAAGCCGGCUUCAGAGGCUUCCAAGUCCGGAAACAAUUGAAGCAGAAGAACGAAACCGCGGAGAAACAGGUUCAAAGGAAAUCCCUAAAGAAGAAAGACUCGCUAAAGUCGAACUCCAAGCCAGACUCUAACCUGGAGGAGAAAUCAGCAGUCAAAAUUCAAGCGGGAGUUCGGGGAUUUUUGGUUCGCAGGAGACAAAAGAAAGUCAAUUCUUCGCCUUCAGCGUAAUCGAAUAUUAAAUAAAAAUGCCAUCCUUGUGUAGUAUUGUUGGUGCGGGGCCAAAUGUGUUAAAUAUUUUCGUGGUGGUUUUUUACCCUAAAUCAUUGCCACUAUCAAUAAUUCAAUUUUAAGUUACCCUUUGAAGAAAGGAGGUAAAAAAAAUGUUUUUUCCAGUGUGUGUACGUAAAUUAUUGAGGAUUCGUUUAUUUUCCUUUCCGGCGCAAUAAAAUGCGUCUCUUUUUUAUAUCCCGCGUGCGGUUUUACACAGGAAAUUAUUUCAAGGCACGCUAUUUACGAAAAAUGUAUUUACGGAUUAGCCAAAUUUUCCGUUGUCGUUUUAUAUAACGCAUUUCUAACAUUGCAGUGCAGUUAAUUGGAAGAUUAAAAUAAACCUGCGCAGUUUGGUCUUAAGAAUUUUCCUUUAUUAGUUUUCACAUUGCUAGAAAUAUAAUUUGAAGCAUUUUGUGGCCCAAUAUUUCGUUGUAGCACAGAAACAAUCAGGUCACUUCGAACAUAGUUAAAAAAAAAUAAAUACAGUGUGUUUCUAAAAUAAAUUUUAUUCUGUUAUAUAAAAGUAGGGUUGAAAGGCUGCUACAAAUAUAGCGGAAAAAUAAUGUUUUAAUUUUUUUGUCUCAAAAACGAAAAACAUGGGUGGAGGAGAUUGAAUUAUUCUCCUUAUCUAAAUUUAAAAUUAUGUUAUUUAGAAACUUUUUUUUCUUCUGUAAUUUUUUCAUAAAACAUUAUUUUAGAAAAAUAAUUUUGUUUGGUGCUGUGAAACAGUUGUUUUUUGUACGAACAUUUAUCAAUUACCUAAACUAUAACCUAAAAUAUAAUUUAUAACUAAAUAUUUCUGAAACAUUUAAUAAUAGAUGCCUGCCUUGCAUUUAUGCUUCCAAGCAACUUCCGUUUGCACGGCCGUACAUAAAAUGCAUAUCUGCCAUUUCUGCAUUACAGUACUUCACCGUUAUUGAAUUAAAACUCUUAUUAUACAUUGUUCAUUAAAUUAGUUGUAUUUUCUAUUCGAACUAAUUGACCAAUAUCAAAUAAAGCUAUAAUAAGCGCCUAAAGAAGUGACAGCAGCUCACUAGUUUUUUAUCUAAUAAUUUUUUCAUCUCAUUGUGCGUUGCUUUAGAUUUAAUUUUUUUAUUUGGAAACUGUAACUAUUAUGAAAAAAUUGCAGAAGAAAAAAUGUUUCCAAAUAAAACAUAAAUUUAUUACUAGUUAAAAAGGAAGAUAUGGGUAGUCUAAUUCAAUCCAACCAAGUGUGUUUUUAUGAUAGUAAUACUUCCGUAAUAUUUUAUUGUUUUUUCUACUUUCGUUUUUAAGAUGAAAAUAAAAAUAUUAUUUUUUCGCCAUAUUCGUGGUGCGAUAUCUCCCUAAUUGUUGGCUUUUGACCCACCAUUUAUAUAACAAAUUGCGCUUAAUUUUAAACAAGUUUUUCGCAUUUGUUUUGAAACACAUUAGGGAACAUUUCUUAUUAAUGAGUUUUAGCAAAUUUUGAUUCUGAGGAUACAUCGAAAAUAAUAAAUAAAUCAUUUUACCUCUUCGAAUUGUAAUAAAAUUAAUUAAACCUUAUGUGGUUUUGUUGUUCUUUCUCUAUUAGAAUAUUCAGCAUACUUUUAAUUUCUCGGUGCAGUGGCAUAUAUUUGUUACCCUUGUAAUGUUAACAAAAGAGAACGUAAGUGAGCAAGUACAUCGAUUAACAUCUUGUUCAUAUAAGUAGUUUCAUUCCUAUCAGUUUAAAUUAGUAUACACUAAACAAAAGUUAUGUCGGAAAAACCUGACCAGAAAGAUAAGUUUGUCCUAAAAUACGUGCAUUUGUAGAAAAAAAAAAACAAACAAUUUAACCUAUUUUUUUAAAUUCUUUAUAAAAUAUGUCAGUUUAUAAAUCCUUUGAAGCACAACCAAUCCCUGGAUCAACAUUUGAUAAAACUGAUUUAUAUCAAAAACAGAUUUGAUGUGGACUUUUGUGGUGAAACUGUAAUAAAAAAUAUUCCUAGCUUAUAUGAUUUUUGCCAAUAUAUUAAACCCACAUUUUAUUGAUUGAAUUUGUUCGUAAAAUAUUCUACCAGCCAAAAAUUUAUUUUCCGGCAAAUGCAAUCCCGGAUAGUGGCAAAAACGUAUUUUCUCAGAGCAUCAAUUAUCGUUAAACAAAAGUUUCUGUCAACUAACUGGAAAAUGCUUUAAGUUAAAACGCAAUAGGGCAUUUAAAACGUAUCGUUAUAAGAACGUGAGCAUUUAUUGUUGUGUUGAAUGGUUGCUCAGCAACAUGAUUUAUAACUUUGCUUCUCCCAGUUGAACGAUUGAUUUUAAACUACCAAAUCUAAACUAGUUAGUCGUAGUUCAUGUAAUAUAGUUAUAUUUAGCGCAUAGGUUGUAGCGUCCUUUAUUAACUUCCAAGUUCAUUAUCACGCUUAGAUAUUAAAAUAUAUAUUUCUAGUAAUUAAUAAAUAACAUUUAGGUGGCUUUUAUUUCAUUUUUUCCAUUAAUUACCUAAUAUUUUAGAUUUAUGUAUAAUACCUCAUUUUCAAGGCUGACGUUUCGGCUGCAGCUUAUGAACUUGUGUUGUGAUUUUUUUUAUAGACAAAUUCGCUCUGUAAUACGCAGCGGCUCUGAAAAUCUGCGAUUAUAUCGGUGAAACAGAAACAAUGAAAAUGUAUAUUUUUUAUAUAUAUAGUUAACGACUAAAAUAUUGAACAAAUUCAUUUAAAAAUCACAAAAGAAAAAUGAUGACAUAAGUCCGUCAUAAUAAUUUUUAUGCAUUUUUGCAGUAAACAGAAAAUAUACAAGGUCAAAAAGUAAACCAAAACUAACAAAGUUCCCUUUUUUUAAAUAGAACACAUUUUUUUGAAUCCGUUUUUGAAUUCGGUGUCAAUUUUUACUCAAAAUUCGUGUAGCAUACCUUCGAAAAUCGAUUAAAAAUAGAAACUUGUUAUCGACAUCUAAAAAUGCGCAAAAAAAACGAGUAUUUUUCUUGAAAUCAAAUAUCCGAUUUUUAAACGAAAUUGUUACAUAUUUUGGCCGUGCACUGUAUAUGCUUCUAUACUCAAACAUUAGAUAAGGAUUCCAAAAUAAAAGCAAGUAAACAUGAAAUGUUCAAUCAAUUGAAUAUAAUAUUUAGAAACUUUGACAGAAUAUUAAUUAAUAGUGUAAAAGUUCCCGGAAAGGUCAUAAUGGAUGAAAAGGAAUGUAGUAGUUCUAGUUUUGAUAAAUUUGAUUAUUUCUCCUUAACAAUGUGGACAAAUAUAGAAAAAUAUUUUCAUUAAUUAUAGAUCAAAA